AUGUGCAUCAAAGCCUACGACACGACUUGAGUUACAAGACUUGGCCGAUGUUUACUCGGGGUCCACCGCUCGCCGAAAAUAAUCAUAAUGAAUACGGCGUUCACCCGUUUUAUACUGUACUGGAGUCAGAUGGCAAAGCCCAUGGCAUAUUGUUUCUUAACAGUAACUCUAUGGAGUACACACUAUUACCAGAGCCGGCCCUGUCGUUAAAAAGCCUCGGGGGUGUUUUGGACUUUUUUGUAUUUAUUGGCGAUAACCCGGAGCACGUGAUACAAUUGUACACAUCAGUGGUCGGUAGGACAACAAUGCCUCCCUUCUGGGGUCUGGGGUAUCAACUGUGCCGAUACGGGUUCAAAACCACACAAAGUAUGCGCGAUGUACUCGACAGGAAUAUUAAAGAGAAAGUACCCUUGGACGUGAUGUAUUGCGACAUCGAUUACAUGGAUAGGUUCGAGGACUUUACUUACGACAAGAAAGCGUUCGCCGGCCUCCCGGAGCUGUUCCACGACAUGACCACCAAAAACAACAUCCAUUGGACUGUAAUCCUGGACCCGAUCAUUGAGGCCAAUAACCCAAACUACACGUCGUUCAACGAGGGCUACAAACAAGACGUGUUUAUCAAAUGGGCCAAAGAUGUGGCGGUGAAGGACCGACACAACCCGCCCGGAGUGCCCACCGAUAAGGACACUUAUUAUGGCCGUAUGUGGCCGUCAGGACCCGCCGGUUUUCCCGACUUUCUUAAAAAUAGCACAAAUGUUUGGUGGACUAAUCAAGUGAAGAAUUUUCAUGCCGCAAUAUGGGGAGGUUCAAAUAGGCAACUGUCCGCAGACAGUGUAUGUAUGAAAACCACCCAGGGUGAUAAUGAAGAGUACUCUCAUUAUGACGUGCACUCGUUGUAUGGUUUAACCGAGCAGGUU